CACUUUAGCCAUCAAUUAUCUCAACUUUAAUGUUAAUCUGAACCAUUACACAGAGUUGCUGAGGCUAAAAGAUGUUUCUAAAGUCAAAUUUUACUCACUGAUGGAAUAAGGGACUUUACUGGCGGCAACUGUGUGGAUUAUGACUGAAAGAUAAAACCUCUCCAGACACCAGAAAUGGACAUGAGCAACAAGACCCCACUUCUUGUCUUCCUGGUUAUCUACAUAAACUGUGUGUCAGUGGCUAGACUGGACAUGCCUCACCUUAACAAACUGACGGUGAAUAUUUUGGAUGGGGAGGUAAUAGUACUUUGGAAUCAUCCUGUAGACGCUCCCCCAAACUCCAAGUACAAUGUACAAAUGGCAAAGUACUUUGAUGAAUGGGCCAUGGUGGCCAGCUGCACAGGGAUCACAAACACCUACUGUGACCUCAGCAGCCAUAUACAUGACUAUGAUGCUGGCUACAAGGUCAGAGUUAAGCUGGUCGCAGGAGAUGAUGAGUCUGAGUGGUCAGCCAAGAAAUUUCUGCCAAAUACAAGUGAUUUGCAGCCUCCGUCCUUCACUUUGAGGGCUACUUCCAGCACUCUCACAGUUUAUGUUCACGAAAAACCCAUUCUAAAAAAACUCUUUCAUUAUGGGGUCAUCUACACCAUCUACCUGGAGGAGAGAGGAGAAUAUACUAAGAAUACCACAGCAUACCUAAAAGAUGAUGUGGGAGAGGAUCAGAGGACUAAGACUUUCAGUUCUCUACACUGGGGGAGAGAGUACUGUGUCAGCCUCAAGGUAGAGGGCAAUGGAGCUCUCGCAAAAAGCAGUGUGUCCCAUAAAGAGUGUCUGCUGCUACCAGAACAAGAAUGGUUCAUAACUGCUGUGUCAUGCCUGUCUAUUCUGGGUGUGUUGGCCUUCAUUGGUAUCAUGGCAACCGCCUUCCAGUGUUACCUGAAACUUCCAGAGAAAACACCUGCUGCAUUGAAAUCCCCUGUAAGUGGCUGGCUUCCACUCUCUGUUAGAGAAGGUACUAUGGAGGUUGUUCAUGGAGGCAAAGGAUGGUUCCUGUCCAGUUACAGGAGAGAAGUGAAAGACCCAGUGACUCAUGUUACGGUAAUAGAGGACAGUGAAGAGGAGGACAAGAGGUCGAGCAUGGACAGUGGGGUCAGCAUGGAAUCCAACUCUGCAGCAAACAGCAGAGGAAGUCCUCCAACGAGACAAGAGGACAGUGGCUGUGGGAGCUUGGGAGGACCAGAGAGCUCCACAAGCAGUCAGACAGAUUACCCUAUGCAGGAAGGGAGGAGUGAUACCGACAUAGCUAGGAAGAGGGAAGAUAGCGGGGUGGGGCUUGGCUGCCAGCUUGGUUCUCUUUCCAUGAAACUGGAUGAACAGGACAGUGGGUCUCUAAAGGAGGCUGUUGCUGGGGGUAAUUAUCGCAGCCAGAGCCACUCAGUAGUGCAGAUCAAUGUCAGUGAUGAUGAGGAGAUGUUUAAACAAAUGCUCCCGGGCUCAAUUUUGGCAGAAGUGGUCACAGGCUACAGGGCUGGGCCUCAAUCGUGUAUCUGCUCAGGAGCAGGUCAAUGCAGUUGGUGCCACAAACAAGGCCAUUAUGGAACUGAAGUUAUCAAACAAUACAAGACUAUGUGUAUAGACAAUGGACUACUGAGUGGCAAAUGUGAUUUUGUGGACUCUUACAAAGGAGCGCUUACAUUUUCAAGUUAUUCUGAACAAAUGCAAAUGGACACUGUCACGAUGGAUGACUUAGAAACAACUUUUAUACAGCUGGGGGAGACUUUCCCUCUGCUAACAGCUCUGUCACCGCUGCCCAUAGUGGAGGGAGGGCAUGACUUCAAUAUGAACAAUGUGGCCCUCUCUCUUUGUGACGUACAGCUGAAAACUGACUGAUGCACUGUAGGAUGAAACAACGCUAUUUAUAAAAGCGUGCGCUAUGCUGGAGCGAUUAUACUCCUUUUUCCCACUUGACCUACUGUUUCAAUGAUGAAAUAGAAGCAUGAGUUGGUAUUUGGGAAGUAGAAAUCCUCCAGUAUUGAAAAUCUGAAGGAAAAACUGGGAAACUCUACGUUGGAAACAAAGCAAGCAACAGGCUGUUAUUGAACAUAGGAAGUAAGUGGGUUCGACCACACAGCUGUUGGCUGUUAGCUGUUGGUUUGAGUCUCAAGAGCUUCUAGAGACGACAAAUGCAACAUCAGAGAUUAUACAACCGUGUCUCACUGGGUAUAUAUUUACAUGUGAGUGUGCCGGAAGUGAAACUGCUGUGGGGGGGACUGCAGAGAAACGGUUUGACAGUUACGUGCUUUUGGACAUUUUGCGAUUUCUCCCUGCCAACAAUGACACUCUAUGUCAGUAACCCAUAAAAUACUUGUGAGCCACUUUAAAGUAGAUGAGUUUCUCAUUUGUCACUAAUGUUGUCAGAUAACAACAAUCAUUUGGAUAUCAGCUGAUGUCAAACAAAGGCAGAAUUACGGAGCGAACAUUUUUGUCCUCAUUUUCAAUGAUGCGCAGGACCUUUUGCAACAGCUUCUUUUUAAUGUUCUCUGACUCAGCAAGAGACAUGCUGACGUAUGUGUCUUAAACUGCAGCACCGUCUUUCAGGUACUUCCCCAUUUAAAAUAUUUAUUAGAUGUUAUGAAAAACUAUUUAUUUGUUGUGUAUUAUUGUAAAUACAUAUGACUUUGCUCUUCUACAUGUGAUUCAAAUAAACUGUUUCACUGAAAUCCUCUGUAAAUUCCAUACACUCAGAAAAAAAAAACCCCAAA